UCGGAGCGGAGCGGAGCAGAGCAUCGUGGAGCGCGGAGGGCGAUGGAUGGAACCGAAACCGAAACCGAAACCAAAACCAAUGGUGAUCGUCCAUGGCAGUCCUACCACACUGUUUACACAACCGCCAAAGCAGGAAUGGAUGGGGUUGACAAGGAGAAAGUACAAAGGAUAGUGUAUGAAAUGAGCAAAGGAUCCAAAUAUUUUCAGAAUGAGGAACGGAAGGAGGCUUUUAUUAAGCAGAAAAUUGACAACAUGCAAAUUCAGUGUGCAAAGCUUACACAGGCAGACUUAUCCCAUUUUCAGAAGGUGGCUGAUAGAAGAAUUCUUGAGCUAGAAGCUUCGCGUGACCUCUCACGGUUUUGGUUGCAUGUAGAUAUGGAUGCUUUCUAUGCAGCAGUUGAGACUUUAAGUAACCCUACAUUAAAGGGCAAGCCAAUGGCUGUUGGUAGCAUGUCUAUGAUAUCCACUGCCAAUUAUGAGGCCCGUAAAUUUGGGGUUCGUUCUGCCAUGCCUGGGUUCAUUGCACGUAAAUUAUGUCCAGAAUUAGUCUUUGUCCCAGUAGAUUUCAAGAAGUAUACUUAUUACAGUGAUUUGACCAGAAAAGUUUUUCGGAGGUAUGAUCCCAAUUUCAUGGCUGCUAGCCUGGAUGAAGCAUACCUUGAUAUAACUGAAGUUUGCAAAGAAAGGAAUGUCAAAAGUGAAGAAAUUGCCCAAGAACUCAGAGCCAGUGUUCAUGAAGAGACUGGUCUCACAUGUAGUGCUGGAGUGGCACCAAAUCACUUGCUGGCCAAGGUUUGUUCAGACAUAAACAAGCCAAAUGGACAGUAUGUUUUGCCAAAUGACCGCAUGGCUGUGAUGACCUUCAUAUCUUCCCUUCCUAUCAGAAAGAUUGGGGGCAUUGGUAAGGUCACUGAACAUAUUUUGAAGGAAAUUUUGGGAAUUAACACAUGUGAGCAGAUGCUGGAGAAGGGUAGCCACCUGUGUGCUCUUUUCUCUCAGUCAACAGCAGAUUUUUUUUACUCUGUCGGUUUAGGUCUUGGGAAGACACAUAAUCCCCAAGUAAGAUUUCGGAAAAGUAUUAGUAGUGAAAGAACAUUUUCUGCCACCGAGGAUGAAGUGCUGUUGUAUAAAAGAUUGGCGGAGCUUGCUGAAAUGCUAUCCACUGACAUGCAUAAAGAGGGUCUGUGUGGGCGAACAUUGACUCUUAAACUGAAAACUGCUUCUUUUGAGGUUCGGACUAGAGCUGCGACUUUACAAAAGUACAUCAGCUCGAGCGAGGAUAUAUUGAAGCAUGCUUCAAAGCUGCUAAAAGCUGAACUUCCUAUUUCAGUAAGAUUGAUAGGCCUGAGAGUAUCACAGUUUAAUGGAGACAAGUGUGGUGUUACAUCUGAUCCUACCCAGAAGACCAUUACCAACUUCAUUACUUCAGGAGAUGCCAAUAGGACUUGUAGUUCUUUUCCAGAUGUUACAGAUCAUGACUUUGUCAGUGAUACAGAAACUGAUCUUUCCAUUGACAGCCGGCAGACAUGUCAGCAUGAUUCCAGAGAUCCUUUAGAUGGUAUUCAUUCAUUAGAUGUAGAUUACCAAGGCUGCACUGUCCGGAAAAAUGAUAGUGCAGAGGAGGUGCAAACGUCUGGCAAUAAUACUACAAGUUCUAACUACAGUGGAUUUACAGAAAUCCUGGGGUCAACUUCUUCGUUCCAGGGGCAGUUUGAGGGAAUUAAUGUGAGUAAUGGGUCUAAUCUCUUGGAGGAUGAGAGACUCAAUUCUUCUUGUCAGGAAAAGACGAUGUUGUGGUUGAAUGGCUACAGGUGCUCACUUUGUGGAAUAGAAAUGCCGCCAAGUUUUAUUGAGGAAAGAUCAGAGCAUUCUGAUUUUCAUCUUGCUGAAAAGCUUCAAAAGCAAGAAUCUAGGAUUCACCAAACAUCUGUUCCGAGUCAAAGUCGGGAUCAGAUGGAUCGAAUCACUAGACAAAGCAAAUCCAAGAAGCAAAAGGUGUCGCAGAAAGAAGGCGGGUAUAAACCCAUUGAUUAUUUUUUCGCUAAAGAGUAAUCAAAGUUUUCAAGUUAUGAUAAUGUUGUGCAUGCAGUUCUGUACCGCAAAACUCAACAUCUGGAAAUUUUUGUAUAAUAUGUAUGUUAUUUUUCCUUGUAACA